AGUUGGCACCCCCUAUCCACGUGCUUAGAAUAACCUCUCUCUCUCUCUCUCUCUAGCGCCCUGCCAAUAUCUCGCUGUAAUAAGUGCGUAAACUGUACGCUCUCUCUCUCUCCCUCUAAAAUCUAUUUUCUCCCUGUAUAAUGUCUUCAAGCCUCGGAAAACUUCCUGACCUUUUGGAGAAAGAAGAGCCAGAGGAUUCUUUGCCUCCGGAGCCGGCGCCGGAGCUCGUGAGCGGUGGUACCCUCACCAUCGAAGAUCUUACCAAUACACAAUUAGCUUCGCCUGAAAGUUCAAAUACCGCGUCGAAGAAAUUGAAGUUGGAUUCCCCCGCGCCAAAAAACGAAGAAUCGAAACAAGAGUCCCCGGCCGGAACUGAUCACGAGCUCUUGGACGUAGAAGCUCAGCUCGCGGAGUUUCUUCUCACUAUUCGAUGGAAUACCGGUUCAAUCCUUGAGGCUCUGUUACUGUCAGAAACUGCCCUUGCUAGAAAGGAACCAGCACCGUCUGAGAAUGACUCCUAUUCGGAGAAAGAAAACCCAAGUCCGGCUAUUUCAAUGCUGGAAAAUGAGGAUGUGUUCGUUUGCGAGCAUGCGGCCGACAUUUUGUGGGCAGUCCGGGAACCGAACGGUGCUGGGGAUAUUAUGAUGGAAGAGGCCAUUGGGGACGCUGACGACUACGGAUCCAAUGAGAAAACACGUGAUUAUAAGGAGGAAGAAGACGCUCCAGAUCACAACGGGUCCAACGAGAAAAAUUUCGAUUCUUCGGUAAAUGGUGAUCAGGCUUCAGACUACGGAUCCAGUGAGGGUUUGAACGGUAAUCAGCAGCCUAAAACUUCUCAACUCUGUUGUAGAGGAUGGAGGAAGAUCCACGAGUAUUCUGAUACCUAGACACUCGAUCAUUUUCUUUCCAAGUAAAUAAAAAUGCAGGUAAGUUUAGGUUUUGUACGUAGUCAUGUGAAUUGGUUGUUCUGGUUUUGGGAACUUGACUUCUUUGUGCAUUUUAUGGAAAUAAGAAUUCUCAAAA